AUGAGGAGACAUAACCGCACAGAGGUGAGUGAAUUUUUUUUUCAAGGAUUCUCCAGUUUCCAGGAGCAUCAGAUCACACUCUUUGUAGUCUUCCUGGCCCUGUACAUUUUUACCUUGGCUGGCAAUGUCAUUAUUGUGAUAAUCAUACGAAUUGACAGUCAUUUGCAUACACCUAUGUACUUCUUUUUGAGCAUGCUAUCUACUUCUGAGACCUUGUACUCAUUGGUCAUUAUCCCACAAAUGUUGUCUAGCCUUGUAUCCAGGGAUAUGUCCAUUUCCCUGGCAGGCUGUGCUACUCAAAUGUUCUUUUUUGUCACCUUUGCCAUCAAUAACUGUUUCCUGCUCACAGCAAUGGGAUAUGAUCGCUAUGUGGCCAUCUGCAAUCCACUGAGGUAUACAGUCAUCAUGAAUAGGAAGGUGUGUGCCCUACUGAUAUGGGUGGCAUUUAGCAUUGGUCUUAUUGUAGCAGUGACACAAGUGACAUCUGUAUUUAGGCUACCUUUCUGUGGUGAUUUCUCAAUGCAGAAAAAGAACUACACACAGGUGACCAUGUUCACCUUCCAGGGAUUCUCCAACUUCCAUGAGCACCAAAUCACGCUUUUUGCAGUGUUCCUCAUUUUGUACAUCAUAACUCUGGCCAGCAAUGUCAUCAUUGUUACCGUCAUCUGCUUUGACCGCCAUCUUCACACCCCCAUGUACUUCUUCCUGAGCAUCUUAUCCACUUCUGAGACAUUGUAUACAUUGGUCAUCAUCCCACGAAUGCUGUCAAGCCUCAUAGGAUGGAACCAGUCAAUUUCAUUGGAAGGUUGCGCCACUCAAAUGUUCUUUUUUGUCACUUUGGCCAUCAACAACUGCUUCCUGCUCACAGUAAUGGGUUAUGAUCGUUAUGUGGCCAUUUGCAACCCCCUGAGAUAUAUGAUUGUCAUGAAUAAAAAAGUAUGUGCUUACUUAGUGUGUGGGGCAUUUGCCAUUGGUCUGACCAUGGCAUCUGUACAGGUGACAUCCAUAUUCAGCUUGCCUUUCUGUGAAGCAGAGGUGGCCCACUUCUACUGUGAUAUCCUCCCCAUGAUGAAACUUGCCUGUAUAGAUACAACAAUCAAUGAGAUCAUAAACUUUGUUGUCAGCUUAGAAGUGAUCCUGGUUCCCAUGGGUUUAGUUUUUAUCUCUUAUAUUCUCAUUAUCUCUGCCAUACUCAAAAUAGCCUCAGCUGAGGGGCGGAAAAAGACCUUUGCCACUUGUGUCUCUCAUCUCACAGUGGUCAUUGUCCACUAUGGCUGUGCCUCCAUUGCCUAUCUCAAGCCCAAGUCAGAAAAUUCAAUGGAACAAGACAGAUUACUCUCCAUUACUUACACACUCAUCACGCCAUUGUUGAACCCUGUUGUGUACAGCCUGAGAAAUAAAGAAGUCAAGGAUGCUCUAAGGCGAGCCAUGGGCAAAAAGCUACCCUAAGCAACAGUGUGUUUCUCAAAUAAUCUUUGGUCCCAUAAAGCUUAUGUGCUGACUAAAGAUAUUACAAACAGUUUAAGUGUACAGUUAUCCUUGAAUUUUAAGCAAAAUGCAUGCUUCUCCACCACCUAUAAUUACUAUGGGGUUGAGAAACUGGAGACUGGGCAAGGCAAACACUGUGAAAGAGGAAAUGGGCACUAUGUCCCUACUUGCUUGGUCGUGGGGAAUCCUUGAUGUUUAUUGAUUGCUUGAAUGUUUAAUUAAUUCCCACCCAGAUUCAUUUGGCUUGGCAAAAAUGACUAUUCUCACUCCUUAGUUCACCUGGAGACAGAAGGUGAGUUUUCUCCAAUGGAUUAACUAACAAAUAUCAAUCAAUCGAUAUUGUUUGAACAAUUAUAUGGAAAAAUGUAUAGUGUUGGGAAGAAAUGUCAAUCACUCCUACUUGUUCACUUCACCCUACUACUGGCUCAUUGCCUAUGUAAUUCUAAUGUGAAUGUUCUUUAUUUGAUUUAGGAAGUUGUAACAAAAGGAUCUAUAAUUAUCUCUUUCUCUUCUCCCUUUCUCUCUCUUUUUGUCUCUGAUUCUUCCUGUUCAUGCCUCCAUCUUUAUCUGGCUGGAUGGCUGUCUUGUCCUCUCCAAACCCUGUCAAAGAAAAAAUA